AUGCUUCCAUUAUUCGAUCUGGGUGUUGGAGUUCAUCCAGUUCAGUGCCUUCAAUCAGGGAGCGAACCACCACCACCAACUCCACCACCCCUUAUCUUUCUGAGUCCAAACACUUGCUAUUUUAUCUUCGCACUCGAAGAGUGGGAGGCUCAAACGGCUCUUGCGAAGAAAAAUGUCAGUUUCAGCUCUAAUUUGCUCGAGAAUGGUGGUGGUGCCUAUCCAUUCUUCUCUCUCCUCGUCCAGUGUCGGCGGUGGUGCGACCAAGGUGGCACCAGGAGUGGGCGGCGGCGUUGGUGGCGUCAGGGUAGUGAUAGAGUCCUCAUCGCGGCCACAGAAGAAGGCAACGAAACACCACAUGAAGACUCGACCCGCAAGUCUCAGGCUUGGGACAUUCGACGUGGGCCCACCGUUUACCCUCCUCUUCCUCCGCUUCCUCCUGAGUGGACUCUCGUCACGGAUGAUGCUGUUGCUGAAACUGCUGUUUCUUCUCCUCCACAGCUGCCCAAGACCACUCAGUCGUAA